AUGUUUGAUUGUUUAGCUGUAUAUGGCUUUGUAACAAUCAGUGUCAAUCGAUGUUUUGCUGUUGUCUAUCCACAGAAGAGGUUUUUCAAAAAACUAUCAUGGUGUUUCAUCUCAGCUGGUAUACAGUGGAUGCUAGCCAUUAUUUUACCUGUACCAGUUUUUGUUGCGUGUUACAUGGUGUAUAUAGAGGGUAAUCUUCUAUUGGUCCCAUUGGUAGGUCCGUAUGAAUUUUUCAUUGUAUUAAUACUCCCAGCAGUUAUAUUUACAAUUUCAAAUGGAAUCAUAUAUUUCACUGUACGAGCAUCCAGUCGUCGUGUCCACACCAUUGCAGCAAACAUAUCGGGUAGUUCUACUACUGAACGUUUAAGUUCACGAGACAUUAGUUUACUAAAGCACAUUGUUUUCGUUUUUAUCAUAUAUAUGACUGGAUGGUCACCAAUUUACAUUGCUGCAGUAUCUGGUUUAACUAGUGAUAUGCCGGAAUGGCUUUACUAUUUAUUGCAAUUACCAGCUGCAAUAAGUUUCAUAAUCGUUCUUUUGGAUCUACUUUGGUAUAAUCAUGAAGUUCGACAAUAUUUAAAAGAAAAAUUCAUCAAGUGGUUACAUAUACAAUGA